AUGAGCGUCCUAUACGAUGUUAACGAUUUGGUGAUACACUAUGUAAAGCGACAAGUGAAUAUCCAGAAAGAGGAGAAGCGUAAUACGAAGCGUUAUUUGAAACGUUUCAUACCGGAAAUGUUUAAUGUCCCGCAGCAAGAGCUGAGCGAUGAAGAAGAUGUCCCGGAGGAUCACCAAAAUCCACCUGAACAAACUGAGCAACAACCUGAGGGAAGUGGACAAAAAGAAGAAAGUGGUGAAGUCAGUAGACGACCGUCGGACAGUAACUUCGUAAGCAGUGGUCAACCAUCGGAAGGAGAUGCGAAUAAGCAAAGCUCAUAUCGCCUUUUCUACGGUGCUAAUGCCUGGUGUGUUUUUAUCAAUCUUCAUCAUAUGCUAUGCGAUCGAUUGGCUUAUCUCAAAAGAAAGCAUCGAGAAAUUAUUAAAAAUUACGAGGUGGAAGAACGGAUACGCCUGGAACGUCAGGCAGUCAUUGAUCGAGCAUGUGCAGAGGGAAAAAUGGGCAGGCUGAAGCCUAUUGAAAGAGAUACCAUGCUUGGCUUAUCACAUCUGAAGCCAGCUAUUGAAAAUCCCGAAAACUACUACACUGAUCUGAUUAACGAGAUAAAAAAUGUGCUGGACGGCAUCACUGAUAAUAACACUUUCGAGGAUAACGUCAGACGAAUGUUCGGAAUAAAUGCUUAUAUAACAUUUACAAUGGAUAAACUUAUCAUCGUAAUUGCCCGACAGUUACAACAUCUAAUAUCCGAAGAAACAAAUGUGGCAAACCGUCCGCUGAGUAUCGCCACUGUGGGAGAAAAAAAUGAGGAUGACAUUGAGGAAGCGUACGAGGAAGCGGCACAACAGCUAAUGGCCAAUCAGAAUUGCUUCAAAACACAUUUUUUGCAUAAAAAUCGAUUUGUUACAAUGGAACUGAUCGAUAGCGAUAUUACGGAGGAAAAUGAUAAAGAAGAGGGACAUGAAUCUCGAAGCCGCUACGUACGCCAUUUUGCUAAGACCCUUUCGGAAGAUGCAGCAUCAUCGCCGAAUCCUGAAGAUCUACAGAGCAUGCUUGAUGUGAUUGGCGAACGAACGCCACUCAGACGAGUGGAAUGGGAAAAUAGCGGUGAUACGAGUGAGACGAAUUCCGAAGAGAUUUCACCAGAACUUGUUGUAAGCGAAAGUCUUUGCGCAUUUCUGUCAUCAGCUGAAGGCCUCAAAAUGCGACCUGUAAAAUGCGCGGCAGAUAUUCUUAUACAAUCGAGCAGACGAGUGGAAUGGGAAAAUAGCGGCGAUACGAGUGAGACGAAUUCCGAAGAGAUUUCACCAGAACUUGUUGUAAGCGAAAGUCUUUGCGCAUUUCUGUCAUCAGCUGAAGGCCUCAAAAUGCGACCUGUAAAAUGCGCGGCAGAUAUUCUUAUACGUGAGAAUGCACCUCGAAAAGGCUUUGCUGUAAGUUUAACUAUUAAUUUUCACUGA